CAAACGCAACUAGUGUGUCACUCCCCUUUCCUUAAAGUACCCUUUCCGACGUGAAAAAAUGAGAAAAUAGAUAACUUUGUAAUGGAAGAAGAAAACUUUGUAGAAUCUCUCUUUGAAUUAGCAGACAACUUAGAAAAACCAAAAAUAAACAAAAGAGAUGUUUGUUCCAGAUGCAGGAGACCAGCCACUGUUUGUUGGUGUCCCUUUCUACCAUCAGAACCUAUACAAAUAUCAACAACAGUCUUUAUCCUACAACAUCCAUUUGAGGAAUCAAGAAAUUUAAAAACUGCUCCAAUGUUAAAUCUGAGUCUAGCACCAGAAAAGUGUCAUUUUUACAGAUCCAAAAAAUUUCCAGAACACAGAUUUCCCGGACUUUUAGAGCUAAUGAAACAACCCAACACCUUACUACUGUUUCCAGGCCCUGGGGCUGUUGAUAUAUCAGAGUUACCACCAGUAGGGGACGAGGUUUCAUAUAACUUGGUACUAUUGGAUGGAACCUGGGGACAAGCAAAGAAUAUGUUUAUAUCAAAUCCUAUAUUACAUUUACCAAAAAAGGUGCAAAUAAACUCUACUGUAAAAAGUAAAUAUGUGAUACGUACUCAGCCAGAUGAUGGUUCCCUGUCUACCCUGGAAACUGCAGCUUUCGCUUUAUCUGUGUUAGAACAGAUUCCAGACUUAUUUGAUGUAUUGACCAAGCCUUUAGAAGCCUUGUGUCAGUUCCAGAUAAAUCAUGGAGCCUGUACUCACCAUAGUAGAUCAUAUAAAAUAGAAAAUGGAUUGUGGAAGAAAAAACUGUCUAAGAAAGCUAUAAAAAGACUUGAAGAAAAGAAGAACCAACAAACAUCAGAUGGAAAUCAACAAAGUUGACAGACAUUUUUUUAUUUUAUUUAUUUUAGUGUAUGCAGAGAAUGAUUGCUUUAUUAAAGAUUGUACAUGAACAAC